UUAUCUUCUUCACCUGGUUUUUUUACCUCUGCACAGCUCUCAAUCUCUAGCUAGGAGAGUAGGCUAACCAUGUGGGGUGUGUCGAAAAACCCAUCUCAGCUUUCAAACAAGAAGCAGGAAAAAGGAGGCUUAGCAGAGAGUUUUAGGCCAGAAAACUUCAUUCCGGGCCUUAUCAUUGGUUUCAUUUUUGGCUUGUUUUUGGAUUUGUCAAACCCUUCAAAAAAUCAAAAAAAGAAGAAGAAUUUUUUGCCUGGAAAGUCCCAGCAGCAAUGUCUGGAAGAUGGUGACAAGGAGCUUAAAAUGGUUUUUGUAGUCAGACAAGACCUGAAGAUGGGUGCUGGAAAAAUUGCAUCUCAGUGUGCACAUGCAGCCACUGGCAUGUAUUCAGAGCUGAUUUAUAGGUAUGCAGGUUGUGAUAAUGAGGAUCUGUUUAACUCUAAUACCCACCGGAUUCUCUUGAGACAAUGGGAGCAAUCUGGACAGCCCAAAAUAGUUGUUACAUGCAAGAAUCAACAAGAAAUGAACAAGAUAAGGGAAGCAGCUGAGAACAUUGGCCUUCCAACUUUUGUUGUUGCUGAUGCUGGACGAACACAGGUUUCAGCUGGGUCGAAGACUGUUCUUGCUGUUGGACCUGGGCCAAAAGAAUCAGUUGAUUCAGUUACAGGAAAACUGCGGCUCCUCUAAUGUCAUGGAAAUAAAAGAUUGCCUCUCUGGUCAAAUCUCUGAGGUGACCUGACCCAUUGUCUUUGCAACUAAUUCUUUCUCAUUUCAUAUUCUCGAAGGAGAGAAUUUUUCCUCGUUGAUUGCCUGUGGAAAUGUUCAAGGUGGAAUAGACCAUGCUGCAAGCAGUUGCCUAUUGAGAUGUCUUUUUACAGCCUUUUUCAACGGGAGGAAAAAUGCUUAUACUUGAACAUAUUGUUCCAGAAGCAGGUGGUUUCUAGAUCGACCGAUUGUUUGCUGGGAGAAAUUGAGGAAUGGAAAGCUGAUCUGUUAUCUUUUUGUUUCCUUUGUAUGUAUAUAAAUGGUAGGUGUAAGCUUCAUGGCCGACACUGUACUCCUAAUCAUUACAACUGAUAACAUUUGUCUUGGGCUACAUAAUAGAAGUAGUCUUUCCCCAUUACCUAA